CUGAGAUACAUUUGUGAAGCAGAAGAUCUAACAAGUGCUAUUUUUAAUAAUUCUUCAGCUGCUGUAACUACACUUUAUCAACGGCUUUUUAAGAAUAAUAGCAAAUUUUCUGGUCCUCUUAUUAUGGGCCAUGAUAAAAUAGAAAUUAGUGAACAACUUUUGAAGGGAGUUACUUUUCGCCUAUUUGUUUGUUUUAUUAGAAAGUUUUGGCUAUUUGUAUAUGGAAUUGGUGUUUUUUCUGAAGAACAAUUGUAUUAUGCAGUUAGCGUAUUACAAGAGCAUAAAGGCAUUGAUUUAUUUGGAAUCAGUCAUCCUCAAAUUCAGACAUUUAUUCAAAUACUACUUAUACCUAGAUAUCAGUCUGAAGAAUGGCAUAUUAUUAAUAAAAUGCAAGCCUUAUGGAAUUAUCACUUGUGA